AAUCGUUAUUCAAUAAAAAUAAAAUACAAAAAUAAAAUUAAUUAAUUUCGAAGAAAGUAUUAAAGCAAUUAAACUAUAUUCGAACUCGAAUUCGAAAUUCGAGCAAUUCUCUAGCUGUAAAUCUUCCCAGAACCAGAACCUAUAUAUAUCCCCUAUAUCCUUUCCCGAUUUACUUAGAUUAGCUGGUAGUUAUCCUUGCUUUGUGUUUGUUUUUCUUGAACUAAGUAAUUUUUGGGUAGAUUUCUUAACAAGGGGAUGGCAUUUAACCAUUAACCAUUAACCAUUAGUUUUAGAUAUUAUAUAUAUCCUUGGUUAAAUCGUAAGCCUAGACUCUAGUUCCCCAUAUAUACUACUAUAAAUAUAUAUCUAAGUGGGAGAGGGAAGUGGCCUUUCUCCUUAUUAAACACACGCAGACAGACAACAAGUCCCUCACUCACAUACCCCUAUCACUUGCCCGUAUAUUUUUUAAUACAACUAUAUAUAUAUACGAUAUACAUAUGUAUAAACAUUUUAUAUAUAUGAAAAUGCCAUGACAGUAGCACAUUCCAUCGCAGACAUUCCUAGCGUAGCUUAAACCAACACCCCUUUUUCACUCCCUCGAAAAAAAGAGAACACACACCACAACCAAGUACAGUGAAAAGAAAUCAUAAAAAACAUAGAAAAAAGAAUAUAUAUAUAAAACAAAUCCAUGCGCAAUGCAACUUACUGAAUAUCUUGGAAAGUUGAAGUUCAAAACAGGUCAAGUCCGGCAAAUGGCAGUCCAAGUGAUGCUAGAAUCCAACGCUAACGGUCAACAUUUGAAGAAAUCCUCACUCUCCGAAUCGUCAUCGGACAUCAUGGAUUUGGAUGAUGGCAUUGAUGCAACCACGCCAGGUCUGACUGAUCACACCGGCCGCCACAUGGUGCCAUUUCUCAGGACGCAGCAGUCCUUUGAGAAGCAGCAGCUCCAGCUGCAGCUCCAACUGCAACAGCAGCAGCAGCAGCAGCAGCAGUCUCAGUCGCCGCACGGCCAGCAGAUGACGCAGGCGCAGCAGCAGCAGCUGGGCCAAAAUGGCCUCCGCAGCACAAAUAGUUUACAGUUAAGGCACAAUAACGCAAUGGCCGUCAGCAUUGAGACCGACGUCUGACUACUAGUCAAACAAAUGGAAAAUGGACGAAAUUUGCGCAGUGAAAUGCUACGUUGGAUGCCAGAAACGUCAUCAAAAGCAGUCUAAUUUAGAAUUUUAUUAAUAAAUACAAUUAAAUUAUAAUAAUAAUAAUAAUAAUAAUAAUCAGUAAGCAGCGUAGUUGUAAAUUAAACAGCAAUGUACACACACUCACACACACACACACAUACAAGAACACACACACACACAGUGCCAGUUCACUCAGCUUGAAUUAGAGUAUUCGUAGACACUUAAAAAAAAAAGUGAGGAGUCAAAUAUGGACUGGCUUUCUAUAGGGAUUUUCCUUGUUUUUCCUUUCAUUUUCCUUCUGGUAAUCUCCUCACACACUCACACACUCUACAGACACACCCACACACCCACAUACACUCGAAGAAAAAAGAAAGAAAACUCUUCUUGAUACCUAUGUUCAAAUUUAGCAACUAAAAAAAAACUAACAAUCGUUAACAAACAAAACAAA